UUCCUUCUUCCACUCUUCUCUCUUCUUCUUCACCCACUCGGAGUAUGAUGGCGCUGAUGAGAACGAUGGGGUGCCUGCAGGCACGUGGGUUGGUGCUGCUCCCCGUGCUACUGGUGGUGGCGGCGGCAGUGUGCUGGAUGCCGCUCCUCAGCAGCGUUGUUGGAGAGGUGACGCUGGUGGAGGAUGAUGCGGGUGCGCUUCACAUCAACACCAGCGAUCCUAUGAGCCAGCCCGUGUUUGUGAAUGGGGUGAAUGUGCACGAGACGCUCAACACGCUGAUGAGUACCGUGUCAACACAGCAGAGGGCGAUUGACCGUGUCCGUGGCAAAGUGUGUACCCCAAGUGCCACGACGCUUGGGCAGCUCGGUUCACAAAGUGGAAAGUGGAUUGGAGGCGUGACGGCGAACAACGGUUUGAUCUACGCUGCGCCACACAACUCUCCUUCCGUCCUCAUCGUCGACCCCAGCAGCAACACCGUCGACACAACCACAAUCUCCGGAUUACUUUCGGGUGGUGCAAAGUGGUCUGGUGCUGUGUUGGCACACAACGGCCUCGUCUACAUGUUCCCUUCAAACAGGGAGACGAUGCUCAUCAUCGACCCAGACACUAACACGGCUGACACGACAAGCAUCCAGUCCCUUGGUACUGGCAGCUACAAGUGGCGCAGUGGCGUUGUGGCUAGCAACGGCCUCAUCUUCGGCAUCCCAAUUCAUGCCACCUCUGUGCUGAUUAUUGACCCCAAGACCAACACAGCUGACAUCACCACUCUGUCUGGUUUGUCAACCCAAACGUUUAAAUGGUACGGAGGCGUACAGGUAGACAACGGCCUUAUCUACUGCAUUCCCUUGAGGGCUUCCUCCGUUCUCAUCAUCAAUCCAGAGUCUCUCACCAUGGACCUCACAGCCAUCAGCGACCUCGGCACAAACGUCAAGUGGUAUGGCGGCGUGCUUGUAGGCCACGACCUCAUCUACACCAUCCCACACGGCACUGCGACGAUGCUCGUCGUCAACCCAGCCACCAACGCCACCAACGAGCUCGAAGUUGCGGAGGCAACAAGCUUUGGCAAGUGGGUUGGUGGCGUGCUCGCACCCAACGGCAACAUCAUCGGCAUCCCACACAACUCGCCUUCCGUGCUCAUCUUCGAUCCAACCACCAACGCCACCGACACAACAACCAUUAAUGCUCUUGAUGGAUCUGCUAAGUGGUUUGAUGGCGUGCUUGCUCCGAACGGCCUCAUCUACGGCAUCCCAUCUUACGCCGAGGGCAUCCUCGUUAUCGACCCUGGGUGCUGA